CGGCAGCGAUAUCCCCAAUUUGCCAUACUCCCUCACAUAUGGGAGAAAGAGGAGGUGUCUUAUGCAGACUGCAUUAAGGGUGAUUACAGGCAGAUGCAGCGUUACAGCAAGAUCAACUUGACUUGCCGCAUAACCAAAGAGCAAGGGAUUCUAUACACCUGGGUGGACACGUGCUGCAUCGAUAAGAGUAGUAGUGCCGAGCUUUCAGAAGCUAUAAAUUCAAUGUUCCGUUGGUACCAAGAAGCGAAAGUAUGCUAUGCCUACCUCUCGGAUCUGUCCCCCGGAACAGAUUGGAAUGAAUUUAUCUGGCUGCUGCAUCUGGCUCAUCAUAGGAUCACUCGCGGAUGGACUUUGCAAGAACUCAUUGCACCUUGCCACGUUGUUUUCUUCGACUCGGUAUGGGACACAACAAUCGAGCCACAACAACGCAAUAGAACGAAUCUAGCCAGUUUGCUGUCGGACAUCACGAGCAUUGAUAAGACACUGCUUGACGGCCGAUGUUCUCUGAACGAUAGUUACUGCAUUGCCCGGAAGAUGUCUUGGGCAGCACGCAGGGAGACUAUCAGGUCGGAAGACAAGGUGUACUGCCUGUUGGGACUCUGCAAUAUCAACAUGCCACUACUAUACCGAGAAGGAGAGAAAGCGUUCGUUCGACUACAGGAGGAGAUUAUGCGAUCAACAGCCGAUGUGAGUAUUCUU